GACCGUCCGAAUCUCACCCAAUUCUUGACAUCCCAUUGAUUGCGACAUUGACUCCCGAAGUCUUCUUCCUCUUCGUCUUCCCACUGUUCCUACGGCCAGCUUCCGAACACCCAAUACCCAGAGGAAAAAAUUGCACCUGCGACACAUGUUAAGAGAUGCCUUGGAGAGUUCUCCUCCAGUUUUUGUCUGCUCAACUCUUCAAUGUUCUUUCUUGGCCUUCUUUUACUUUGCUCUGUCCCUUGUAUGCUUCAUAUUGGGCAAUAGAGAGUGAUUCGCAGGCUAAAAGUCAGAAAUGUCUGACUUUCUGGGUUCUUUUUGCUCUUUUGGCUAUUUUGGAGAAUGCACUUGCAAAGCUUCUCCUAUGGCUUCCUUACUGGCCUUAUGUGAAGGGGACAGUGACUGUCUUGUUGGUGGUACCUUAUUUUGGUGGUGCUUCUUAUGUCUACAAGUGUUUUGUGAGAACUCAUCCAUUUAAAGUUUCAGAGAUAUUCUGUUUGAUAUGGAACAUCUUGUUCAUUCCAGUGAGAAAAAAUUUCCCAUUCAAUGGGCUGAACAACUUUGUCGAUGAGAUUGAUAAAAACAGAACUGUCAAAGGACAAGAAGAACAGCAGAAACCUGUUAUUUUCCAGGGAACUUUCAAGCCUAAUUAUGACAAUGUAGACAGUGAUCAAACGCCAAUUAUUUCAAAGAAAGUACAAAGGGAGUGGAGUUGCUCGCUUUGUCUGGUAAGCACUACCAAUGAAAAAUGCUUAAAUAAACACCUGCGAGGUAAGAAGCAUAAGGCCAAGAAAGAAGAAGUGAGAGCUGAAGAAAUGGCAUCCAACUUAACAUACAGUCCAUUUUAUAUGGCAUAUAGAAACCAAAGGAUGGUUUUGGUUGAGAACUUGGUCAAUCUGGGAAAGUUGAGUAGACUUGUAAAUCCUGUCAAAUCAAUCAGAUGGUGUAAAUGGGAAAAUCCAAAAGUUGGAUGUAUUAAAUUAAAUACUGAUGGAUCUUUAGAUCGAGAAAAUGCCCGUUUUGGCGGUUUGCUCCGUGAUUACAGAGGUGAUGCAAUAUGUGGUUUUGUGUCUAAAGCUCCUCUGGAUGAUGUUUUCUUGGUUGAACUUUCUGCUGUAUGGAGAGGUCUUGUUCUUGCCUCUGGCCUUGGGAUUAAAGCAGUGUGGGUUGAGUCCGACUCUCUGAGUGUCGUAAAGACCAUUAACGGGGAGCAAUCUCACAGAAGAAAAGCCGAAAAAUGCUUGAAGCAAAUUUGGCUACUUCUAAAGAAGUUCGACAGCUACCAAGUAUCUCAUUCAUGGAGAGAAACGAAUAAAGCUGCUGACUACCUCUCAAAAAUGGCUUUGCAGAAAAGUGAUGUAGUGUUAUGGCCUUGUGAUUUUCCCAGUGGUCUUCAAAACAUCAUCAAGGAUGAUGCUGAAGGAAGAAUAUACUGCAGACGAUAAGUUUAGCUUCGACUUGCCUUCCCAUUUCCAAGUAGAAAGGAGGAAACUCUAGAAGAAUGUAAUGAAAUCAAAGGGUGAAAAUAUAGUUUAGUUGAGGACUGGUUAUGUUAGAAGCUGAAGGAAAAGGCAAGUCAUCAAGUGAUUUCUGUCUCUGAACUAUGCUGACAUGUUAAUUGUCAAGAGAAGCCCUUUGAAAGGGCAUAUCAGUAAUGCAUUGAUAUAGGCUGGUAUAUAUAUACCAGGUGGACACGUAACGUAAAUAAUGUAAAAAUAUAUAAAAUUUUAUGUGAAUUUAUUAUGUAUUUAUAUUA